AGGACCCCUCUUAACAAGGAAGCGAACCCUAAUUCCACGUUCUCCUCUAUCCUCUCUAAUCCAUCCCACUAUCUCGCGCCCUCGCCUCAACCAUUUCACAUCCCCCCCACCUCUUCGACGUUCGUCCCGCCCAGCCGCAUCCGCUAGCCAACUUCAAUCUCUCUCCGAUCUCUCUUGCCGACGCCAGUAUUCUUCACGAGCUUAAUCCCUAUCUGGAGGCCGGCACCAGCUCUCUCUCACCAACUCCAAUCGCGGCGGCAUCAUUCUCUCUCCACCACCCAUCCCGCCGGCGCAGUAUUUUCGUUUAUUACGAUGGCUGAUGCUCAUGAAACUGAUAAGAACAUUGAAAUAUGGAAAAUUAAGAAGUUGAUUAAAGCACUUGAAGCUGCAAGAGGUAAUGGGACUAGCAUGAUCUCUCUCAUCAUGCCUCCGCGUGAUCAAAUUUCUCGUGUUACUAAGAUGCUUGGUGAUGAAUUUGGAACUGCUUCGAAUAUUAAGAGCAGGGUGAAUCGCCAAUCUGUUUUGGGCGCUAUCACAUCUGCUCAGCAGAGACUCAAGCUGUAUAACAAGGUUCCUCCAAAUGGGCUUGUGUUGUAUACUGGGACAAUCGUGACUGAAGAUGGAAAAGAAAAGAAAGUCACUAUUGAUUUUGAGCCUUUCAGGCCUAUAAAUGCAUCUCUUUAUCUUUGUGACAACAAGUUUCACACGGAAGCACUGAAUGAAUUGCUAGAAUCUGAUGACAAGUUUGGCUUCAUUGUCAUGGAUGGUAAUGGGACACUCUUUGGCACAUUGAGUGGUAACACACGUGAAGUCCUUCACAAAUUUAGUGUCGACCUUCCUAAGAAACAUGGAAGAGGAGGUCAGUCAGCACUUAGGUUUGCUCGUCUUCGGAUGGAGAAGCGGCACAACUAUGUGAGGAAAACAGCAGAGCUUGCAACCCAGUUCUUUAUUAAUCCUGCCACUAGUCAACCCAAUGUUGCAGGAUUGAUACUGGCUGGAUCAGCUGACUUCAAAACCGAGCUCAGUCAAUCCGACAUGUUUGAUCCUCGUCUUCAGGCCAAAAUACUUAAUGUUGUCGAUGUCUCUUAUGGAGGGGAAAAUGGAUUCAAUCAGGCCAUUGAAUUGUCAUCCGAAAUCUUAUCUAAUGUGAAAUUUAUACAGGAGAAGCGCUUGAUUGGAAAAUACUUUGAAGAGAUUAGCCAGGACACAGGGAAAUAUGUUUUUGGUGUUGACGACACACUGAAAGCUCUGGAGAUGGGUGCUGUUGAAAUACUCAUUGUUUGGGAAAAUUUGGAUAUCAAUAGGUACGUAUUAAAAAAUGCUUCCACCGCUGAGAUUGUCAUAAAGCACUUGAACAAGGAACAGGAAGCCAAUCAAAGCAACUUCCGUGACUCCGCCACCUCUGCUGAGUUGGAGGUUCAAGAAAAAAUGGCGUUGCUGGAAUGGUUUGCGAACGAGUACAAGAAGUUUGGUUGCACACUGGAAUUCGUUACCAACAAAUCACAGGAAGGAUCACAGUUCUGCAGAGGUUUUGGUGGUAUUGGAGGAAUUCUUCGUUACCAGCUUGACAUAAGAUCAUUUGAUGAACUAUCUGAUGGGGAAGAGUACGAUGAUUCUGAAUAGCAAUCAAUCAAUCACUCCCCGUGGCUGGUGCAGAUGGGGGAUCAAGCGCUUGCACCAGCGCCCAGGGUUCGCGGAGGUUAGUCUUGGUUUGAACUGGAAAAAGUUUAAGAAGGCUUUUAUAAGAUUUAAUUAGUCCCUAUCUCACCGUACUUGUUCGCCAACAAGAGCUCAGCUCAACCGGCACAUGUACGCACGUGAGGAUAAAAAGGACCCGGCUUCAUAUUAACCCAUCUCUCUAUGCUUGUUCUUGUUUCUUAUACCAAUAAUUGUCUUAAUUUAUACUUAUAUACUGUGCUUCAACCAACGUUUUCUACUUGUAGGGGUUAUGUCCUUUUGAUCUGGAUUUGGCGUCUAUCUAAUUGAUCGAUAAGGAUGCGUGCUCCAAUCUUUUGCCACAGUGCUCUGCCCUUGUUCUCGUGGAAUGGUUGCUGUCUACAGCAGAUACUCAAUUACAAAAUGUUUGAAGUAUUGCAAUUAUAUUCAAUGCUCGUAAGCUCUGAACUUUUUGAGUUUGUGUCAUUUCGACUAUUUUUCGUUGCUGAUAAACCAUGUCAGUUGGAUCUGAAUUCAUAUGCAUUUUACAAUAUUUGAAGGUUGUUCUUGUUAGGAUUGGUUUUCGAAUCUCUGAGAAUUAGGCUACAAAAUUGUUUCUGAAACCAACUUUAUUAAAGUUGCAUCUAAACAAUAUUUAAUUCGUUAAUAGAAUGCAUUGUCUAAGCUGCUUGUUUGGUCUA